AUGACGGACACGGAGAUGACGCCCGGCCGGGCCAACCAGGUGAUCAAGGUGGUUAUGCCCACUUACAUCAUGGCCCCCACUGAGGACGAACGCUUCCGGCGCAAAAAGGUGUGCAACAUCAUCUCCGAGUGCAUGGCCAAGGAGCUGGAGGGCAAGGAGUUCGACGAGAGCGACUGCAAGGGCUGGAGCACCGCCAUCGCGGACGCCGUCAAGGCUCGCAUCCACGCCGAGUGCAACUUCCCGCGCUACAAAAUCGUCGUGCAGUCUUUCAUCGGCCAGCAGCGACUGCAGGACGUCCGCAUCACCUCGCGCUGCCUCUGGGACAACGACCACGACAACCACGCCUCGGCCGUGUUCAACAGCCAACACAUUUGGGCGACGUGCGUGGUGUUUGGCUUCUACGCGGACUAG